CAGAGUCAAUAUAUUCCUGAGACAGAAAUGGAAUGAUCCUCGACUUAAACUGCCAACAGAUUUUAAAGGUUCGGAUACACUGACCGUGGAUCCCAAAAUGUUCAAAUGUUUGUGGAAACCAGAUUUGUUUUUUGCAAAUGAAAAGAAUGCAAAUUUUCAUGAUGUAACGCAAGAUAACAUCCUUCUCUUUAUAUUCCGCAAUGGUGAUGUACUGCUGAGCAUGAGGUUGUCAAUAACUCUUUCAUGCCCACUUGAUUUGACGCUAUUUCCCAUGGAUACGCAACACUGCAAGAUUCAACUGGAAAGCUUUGGCUACACCACAGAUGAUCUUCGAUUCAUCUGGCAAUCUAAAGACCCUGUUCAGAUGGAGCAAAUUGCAUUGCCACAGUUUGAUAUUAAACAGGAAGAUAUUGAGUAUGGAAACUGCACAAAGUAUUAUAAGGGCACUGGAUAUUACACCUGUGUGGAAGUGAUAUUUACAUUAAGAAGACAAGUUGGAUAUUACAUGAUGGGAGUUUAUGCUCCAACUCUUCUGAUAGUUGUCCUAUCAUGGCUGUCAUUUUGGAUAAACCCUGAUGCAAGUGCUGCAAGAGUACCUUUAGGCAUCUUUUCAGUCCUCAACUUGUCUUCGGAGUGUAUGUCUCUUGCUGCAGAGCUGCCCAAGGUCUCCUAUGUGAAAGCUUUGGACAUCUGGUUGAUUGCUUGCCUCUUGUUUGGGUUUGCAUCCCUUGUAGAAUAUGCUGUUGUUCAGGUUUUCUUGAACAGUCCAAAAAAAGUUGAAGCUGAAAGAGCUCGAAUGCAAAAAAAACUGAAAGCCAAGGAGCAGGCAGAAGGAAAAGGAUGUGGAAACUGGGUCAAACCAUCUUCUAAGAAUACUGUAAAUGGAACAGGUACUCCCGUUCAUAUUAGCACAUUACAGGUUGCAGAGACAAGGUGCAAAAAGGUUUGUACCUCUAAAUCUGAUUUGAGAUCGAAUGACUUCAGCAUUGUUGGAAGCUUGCCACGUGACUUUGAAUUGUCUAACUAUGAUUGUUAUGGAAAACCUAUAGAAGUUAACAACAGUCUUGGGAAGCUUCAGUUAAAAAAUAAUAAGAAGCCUCCACCUCCAAAACCUGUCAUUCCAACAGAAGCAAAGCGGAUUGACCUCUAUGCAAGAGCUGUGUUUCCAUUCUGUUUUCUCUUCUUUAAUGUGAUAUAUUGGUCUGCCUAUCUAUGAUCAUUCCACCGCAAGCUUUCACUGGGAUAAUUCAGAUAUCAUUUAACCUUCUCCGUAUAUCUCUUAAACAUAAACUUUCAUUGUAAAUGCUCUGUGAUUGAAAAUUGAUUCAUAACCAGAUGCAUUUAUGUCAAAUUUGAAUGAAAGCAUGCAAUUUCAAUAUGUACACUAUAAUCAAACUGUGUUGUAUAUAGUUGUACAGCACCUAGGCUACUUUGAAGAUCAUGAAGGUUAAGCUACAUUACAAUCUUUCUACUGCUCUAAGUAUAACAUUUAUGAGAACAUGAUGGGUCUUUCAAACUGUGCUACAAUCGUUCUGAUGUCUUGUACUUAUGCACGUUUAAUGUUCCUGAGAUACAAAUUAGGUAUAACUGUGUUCAAUUAUUUAAAAAUCUAUAUAUUCCAAAUAGUAAACACUUUUAAUAGUUUUGUUUUAACUUAUAAUUAUCACAAAAACAAAGUAUCUCAGUAUUUUCUUUAAAAAUGUGAACUGUAGUUCAUAACAUCUUCAUUUUUAAAUUAUAGAUAAUAGUAUAAACCAUUGUAGUUGCGUCAAAUUUUGAUAUGUUUAAGUUGCCAAAAUAAUUUAUUCAAGUAUAUGUAUUAUUGAGAUGUUCUAGUGUUAAAAUAAAUAUAUCAGUUGUAUAUCUGUAUUCAUUUCGGCUUUAAUAGUGGAUCAUAUAAAUCGGCAUAUGUCAGUUGGGUGGAUCUUCACUGAUACCUAUUCUGAAAACAAGUACAAAACUAUGUGAAUGAUAUAGCUAACAUGAAGAUGUAAAUGAAGUGAAUGAACCUAAUCUCAAAUUCUAGUUUUAAUGUUCUUAGUUCCUAUAUGAUGCCAGAAUCUACUUGUUAUGUAUAUUUUAUGUACAUCUGAAAACAAAAGUAGUGUUACUUUAAUUGACUGAGGAAAUAUGUGUAGUGUGCAGUUCCAGUCACAGGUAUGCUUGGGAGUGCACAACAUUACCGGUGAUCCAUGGGACAUAAUAAUGCAAGAACCAAUGCUUAAGUAUAAUCAAUGUAAUAAAUACUUUCUGUUCAUUAAACCAAUUAAAUUCCAUAUUUCACA